AUGAGGAGUCAGAGUGGAGGAGCUGCAGGAGAAGGAGGUUCAUAUCUGUGAGCAGAGAGGGUUUAAGGAACCAUGCACUGCAGGAGUGUCUGCUGUAACCGCUGGUCAUCUGAGGAGAGACUGGAUGGGAAAACCGUCAUCAUCACCGGAGCCAACACGGGGAUUGGGAAAGAGACCGCCAGGGACCUGGCCAGGCGAGGAGCACGCAUCAUCAUGGCGUGUAGAGACCUGGAGAGGGCAGAGGAGGCUCGGACGGACAUUUUAGAAGACACAGGGAAUGAGAAUCUGGUCAUCAGGAAGCUGGAUCUGUCUGACACCAAGUCCAUCAGAGCCUUCGCCGACCUCAUCAACAAAGAGGAGAAACAGGUGAACAUCCUGAUAAAUAAUGCUGGAAUCAUGAUGUGUCCCUACUCCAAGACUGCAGAUGGCUUUGAGAUGCAGUUAGGCGUUAAUCAUCUGGGUCACUUCUUGUUGACGUACCUCUUGCUGGACCUCAUCAAAAACUCCACCCCUGCCCGUAUUAUUGUGGUUGCGUCAGUGGCCCACACGUGGACCGGGUUAAGACUGGACGACAUCAACAGUGAGAGGAGUUAUGACACCAUGAAGGCAUAUGGACAGAGCAAGCUGGCUAAUGUCCUGUUUGCACGCUCACUGGCCAAACGGUUACAAGGUACCGGGGUGAGCGUGUUCUCUCUCCACCCUGGGGUGGUCCAGUCUGACCUGUGGAGGCACCAGCACCAGUGUAUCCAGGUGGCAGUGAAGAUCUUCAGGAUCUUCACCAAGACGACGGUGGAAGGAGCACAGACCACCAUCUACUGCGCCGUGGAGCCGGGCCUGGACAGCCUAAGCGGGGGAUACUUCAGUGACUGCGCUCCUGCCCCAUGUUCAAGGAUGGCCUCUGAUGAUGACUUGGCCCAGAAACUUUGGGACAUCAGCUGCGGCCUGCUGGGCAUCACAUGGCAGUAAACCUGGAACAAAAUAAAGGACAUGAUUUUAGGGACAUUUACGUGAUUAUAUAUAUGUUUUCAUGACUCCAACAGGUACAAAUAAAGCCUUAGAGUCAGAGCAUCACCAACAGAAGCUCAUUGUAUUCUGAAAUAUUAACGUGAAUCCACGAUGUAGUAAACAUAUCUGGUCCAAACAGGAUUUCAGGAUGUUCUAUCCUUGUUUCUCGGUGUUUAAUUAUACAGCAUGUCUGUUUAAUACUGUAGGACUUAACGUGUGACAGAGAAGCCUUCAGCUGUAUUUUUAUUAUACUUUCUCAUGUGAAUAUUCUUUCUCUGGUCAGUUGGAGUUUUUUUUACAUAUUUGUUACCCUUGUAAAUAUCAGCCGGAGUUAUUGUGCCUUGAAUAAAAGAACCUGGU